CUGCAAAAGAAUUAAUUCGACUUCGACGUGAGAAUCAUGACGAUUUUGAGUUCGUUCCUAACAAUAGCCAUGAAAGGAUAUGGAGAACCAUAUUCAACCAAUUGUUUCUUAAUAGAGGGUUCACUGCUUCUCCCUCUCAAUGUCAUAGGAAAUA